CUAGGCCAGGGAUCCCAGGAUCCUGAGGCCACCCAACCUGGAGGAGAUGGGACCUAUCAGAGCUGGGUAACAGUGAAAGUCCCACCAGGAGAAGAGCUUAGAUACACCUGCCUUGUGGAGCACUCAGGGUUGACCCAGACUCUCAGCCUGAGGAGGCCCCAGCCUGCCAUGGGCCUCCCUCUGCCCUGGUUCUCUCGUUACUUCUGUCGUCUCCUGCCCUCCCGGAUCAUGGCCCCUCACACUUCUCGUGGGGCCUAUUCCCAGAAUGCUGGGCCACCUACAGGAGAACUAGCCACAGAAGAGACCAGAAAGACCCUAUCCCCAAACAAGGGUCCAGGCCACAGAACAGCAGAGCUGGCUCAGGCAGAAGAACUACUGGAGCAACAGCUAGAGCUGUACCAAGCCCUGCUGGAGGGGCAAGAAGGGGCAUGGGAAGCUCAAGCCCUCGUGCUCAAGAUACAGAAGCUCAAGGAGCAGAUGAGGCGGCACCGAGAGAGCCUGAGAGGUGAUGGUGACGCUUGA